UUUAUCUGUCCUAGAGCUUCAGCGAAACAGGAAAUCCCCUGACUGAGGGUAUAGCAUCUGUGUUGAUCUUUUGGUGAAUCUCUCGUUCUAUGCCCGUGGAAUGAUUGGGAUAUUUUCGACUGAACAACGUACGUACAUGCAAGUAAGUUGUUGUUAAAUAAUUAUUCAGUCUAUGUAAUAACCUCAAUUUUGACUGUAAUCUGUAUAAGAUGUAUAUUUGCCAAUUCAUAUAGCCUUACGCCUUUUAUAAACGAGGGGAACGGCAUCACGUCGACUCUGGCCAUCCAUUCGACUUGUAUAGGCAAUGUUUUUGACUCUGAACGCUUCAUUCUAGAACGAAACUGGUUAUAAUUUGUAUUAAGAGGGGUGAUUAAAGUUUGGCCACAAUACAGUAUGUUGCCCAACACUCAACAGAUUUUUCGCUUUUAUUUUUACGAUUUAUAGUGAUAUUUAAAGGUUAAAACUUUUACAAAUGAUAUAGUAUUAUAUUAAUUUAAAAGAUUGACCACUAAGUUUUUUAACAUUGAGAAUAAAUACAGUAUAAUCCCGCUAACUCGAAUUCGCUUAACUCGAAUUUAAUGCUCCCCGCUAACUCGAACAAAUAUUAAUUUGCCCUUGGCCUUAGUCAAAUUUACCUGGUUAAUUCGAAGUGUAUUUUUGAGACAUGGAUCGGCAAACCUCAAAAUGUCAGAACAUAGCACACUGUCAUUGACAAGCCGGAAGCUUGGAUUUCUAUUCAGAUUGAACAAUUUAAUCGGUAUAUAAUAUAUAUACAAACAUAUUACAAGUCGUUAAAGAGAUUAAAGGUUUUUGCCUCGGUCAUUCCUGACCAGCUUAUGAUGCCUUGUUACUCUGUUACUGUUAGGAGGGUUUGUACAAAGCUUGAAUGUCCUUGAAAGUCCUUGAAUUCGAGAACAAAAAUUCAAGGCCUUGAAAGUCCUUGAAUUUAUAAAGAAGUGCUUGAAAGUCCUUAAUAAAUUCUUCAUGCUUUAUAGUUUCUGGAUAUUUCCUGAAAGGCCCUGAAAUUGUUUCACAUGCAUUAAAAAACGAAGAUCUUGUUUAAAAAUUGAUUUUGUUUAUGUCCAACAAAACUGUUUGGAAUCAUCAAUCAUUAAAGUUGUGAUUUGAACAAAAGCUUAACGCUCGACUUAAUAACGUUACUCUUAGUAAUUUCUAACGCCUUCUUUUCAGCCCUUUUGUCCUUUAAUUUGCGAAUACAUGCCCUUGGAAAGUCCUUGAAUUUUACUCUUUUUGACCUAUCUAUAGUAUAGAGUGUAAGAACCCUGUGUUAUAGGGUGGGUAUGCAUGUCGCUUGUCUGAUUUUCAAAGCAAGUAUAAUGUCGCUGCAAGGCGCUGCUUGAAAAUAUUGCUAUCAAUGUCACAUUCAGAAUUUUUAAUUAGAGGGAAACCAAUAACAAAAUUCUGAAAGUGACAUGGCAGUCGGGUUUCUGCAGUAGAAUCUCACUAACUCGAACACUCAAAGGAAGCGAAAAAUUGUUCGAGUUUAUAGCGGGGGUUUGAGUUAAACAGAGUCGGUGUUCGAUUUUGUUUAUUGGAGACCUUUACUUUAGAUUGACGUUUACGGCAAUUUUGAUUUUACAACUCUAUUAUAACUUACAGCUUUUACACCAGUUUUGAAAUAUAUUAAGCAAUUAUUAAACUUGUGGUAUUUAACAAUGAUUCGGGAAAACAAAUUUAUAACCAUGCUGCACUAUAGUCAUGUAUUCACCAAAGCAGUAAAUUAAGAUUUAGCGUUUGAAGUUUACGUUUGGCGUAUAAAUUUCAUGCUUUAAGUUUAACGACUGUACAAGCCCUCGUAGCAUGCAGUUCAUACAAGCAUAAAAUUUAUACGCCAAACUCAUAUUCAAACGACAGAUCUUAUAAUUUACUGCUUUGAUGAAUACGUGACUAGUGGUUAAUUUACUUUCUUAAAUCAUUGCUAAAGAGCACAAGUGACAAGUUUAAUAUAUUUCAUAGUUUAAAGGUGAUCUACAGUCCGUAUGUAAACAAAGCCUUUGUUUACAUUUUUGUGUCCAAAAUAUUGAGCUUUAUUUGACAACUAUUUAUAUUUUCAAGCUUCUAGAGUAUAAUAAAUGAUCAAGAAACAACAAUCAGGCUUUUCGAGAACUUAAAACAUAGUUAAACUGUUUGUAUCAUAAAAAGUGGGCUCAUUUGUGCACAUGCGCAGAUCGGACUGUAGAUCACCUUUAAUAUAUUUCAGAACUGGUGUAAAAGCUGUUAUAAUAGAGUUGUAAUAUCAAACACUUCUUAAGCGGUUUGACGUUUGCCGUAAACGUCAAUCUAAGGGUCUCUUAAUAUUAAGGUAUAGUCGUUUUAUUAUUCAUCGAAAUUGUGAGUGCACUCUAAUGUCUGUAUCGAGAACUUUAUACAUUUACAAAGUGACGUUUCGUCAAGAUAUCUUCAGAUUUAUUUUGUGUUAAUUAAGAUGAAACAUCACUUUUAAUAAAACUUUUAUAUACAAUUGUGUGUAUCGUACUGUUUAAAGUGUUAUAUCCUGGGCUCUUAGUAGUUAGUUUCAUUAUAAGGAUCAGUUGCUAGUAUUUGUUACUGUGAGGAAAUGAUAGAUUUCAUGUCCUGAAUAUAAACUAUAGGCUUUAGCUAUAGGCUAUAGCCGCAAGCCGUGAUUGACUGUAAUUUUUAUCUGUGAAACAGUGAAAUGAGAAUAUAUUUAAGGCCAACAGAGCAAUGGACAGAGCAUGUGUUUUUACUAGAAUAUUGUACCUUUAUUAAGUUUUUAACCUUUAAUUUAAGUGGCAGUACACUCUGAUGCGCCCUUAUUUUACACCGUUUAACACCAGACGGUUUUAACUCGUCAAGGGGAGAGUGCUGCCACAUGAGUUAAUCAAAGGAAAAAAACAAAGUGAUAUUGAUGUAAUAUUGUGUUUUCCAGGGUUGAUUUGACAACUAUUGAUCACAGGCUAUGAUCUGUUAUCAAAUAUAUAACAUAAAUCAAAGCAAAUAUGGCCAGUAAUGAUCGUCAGCCAAAGAAAAGAAAGCACAGGCCGCUUUCUGUCAAGUUAUUUCUACUUGACCCUGAUAACCCGAUCACAAAAAUUACAAAAGGAACAGGUUCAAAGAAAACGAUAAAGCAGUUAAUGCAGAAAGGAUGUGGACCUCCUCAACGAGGUAAUAGAAUGUGACAAUAAUGAAUACUCUCCAAAUACAGUGGGUUGUAUUAAGGGUGCACCGCGGAUAUAGUAUCUGGCUGGCAAAAUCAUACUAUCCGGUAUCCGGCCGGAUAUUCGCUAUUAUCUGGCCGGAUACUGAAUAAUUUGUUUUUCCUGGAGUGUACUAGAUUUCAGUUAAUUGAAACAUAAAAAUUAACAAGAAAAAUACACAACGAUACAACCAUGCAGGGGCGUAAAUUUCUCUAAAUUUUACCUACCGUAUUUACUCGUUUGAGCGCCGCGGCGCUCUUUAAAUUUUCAGAGCUUUAGAUGCGGGGCUCAAUUGGGGGCGGCGCUCAAUCGAGUAAAUAUACGGUAUACGUUUUAAUCAUUAUCACUCAUAUUUUUUAGUUUUUAUCUCAGAAGAAUUCCACUACUUUGCCAGACAACACGGCCCAACACUAGGCAAAAUCUGAUAUUUGCGAAGAUAAUGCAGUCGGAAUGUUUUUAGAUAUACGGCAAAUCUGGUAUCUGGCCAGAUAGUUAGAAUUACUAUCCGGUGCACUCCUAGGUUACAUUUAAAUGCAAGAGCGCACUUAGAGACUUAUGCAUACUUACCAAUGCAGGGAUAUUUUCAAGCACUUUGGUCUACUACCGUUUUUCAGAAGAAGAUUGAGUUUCUUUUGGGGGGAGGACUUCAAAAUAUUUUGUUGUCAGGGGCGCACAUUCCAAAAUAUUUUGGAGGGGUAUAAAAUACUUCGGGACCGACUUUUUGCGUGUUUACAUUUUGGAACGGGAAGUUCCACGAAGCGCCACCACGGUUGGCGCCGAACGGAAAAAUGUUGAAGCUUUGAAGUUUCUAGAUCGUCGGAAAUGGCAUUUUUAUACUGUAGUUUGGACAUCAGCUGCCUGUAGAACACAGAAAGGAAGUUUAUUCGGGCAGUGUAUAAUGGCAAUUAGCAAUUCUGUAACCUUACUUAUUAUUUUUUUGGACACUGUACAAAAAAUAAAUCUCACGGAAACAAUAAUUUUGCGUAGUGUUUGUACCGGAUGAUCGGGACCGACAAAUGGUUCAAUUGGGCCCAACUUUUUGGACUAUUUCUCAAAAUUAUGGGCGUGUCACACCCCUUCACACACCCCGUAAUGUGCGGCCCUGUUUGUGGUACACAUUUCUAGUGUGCAUGGGCAUGAGUAUUCCUCUACGAGAUUUUGUAUCUUAGAAGUGAAACAGAUUGAGUAUUUACUACCGUAUACCGUUGGUAGAGAAGUGCUUGAAAAUAUCCCUGCAAUGAGCAAAUUAAGUCAAAUAGUCACUCGAAAAACACACUGGUUAAAAUUUUCUGGUUAACCUAGAAAUAACACUAUUUGGGUUUAACUUAAUAUUAGACAGAUUUAUAGAUCGAGGACGCGGACGUCCAAGACGACGUGAAAAUGGCGUCAAAUUGGCGUGGCAUAUCCAUAUAUACAUGGGCACAACACGCCAUUUUCACGUCGUCUUUGAUCGACGUCCGCGUCCUCGAUCUAAAUCUGUCUAUUCUUGGUUAAAUUUCGGCCUGGUUAUUUUAACCUCUUUCCUACUAUAAUCUGGUUAAUUUGACCAAGGCAAUCUCGUUAAAUUAACCAGGGUCUCUGGUUAUAGCGUAGUUUGCUUUUUUGAACAAGGACAUCCAUCCAAUGGACCUAUAUUACCUACUGAACAAAAUUUUGAUCUAGACAAGUCUAGACAAACAUUUCACCACAGCUUGAAAGAGCAUCACCAAAUUAGUAAUAUUCCGAAGUUUCGUUGCGAAAUGUUGUAAAAUGUGGAUAAUAUAGUCCAGUGAAGGUUGCCGUUUUUCAGUCAUUUUGUAUUACGCACGGGAAAUUGAUACCGCUUUCUGAAAAAAGAUAUCAAUUUCCCGUGCGUAAUACCAAAUGACUGAAAAACGGCAAAUUUCGCAGGGCUAUAUUAUCCGCAUUUUACAACAUUUUGCAACGAAACUUCGGAAUAUUACUAAUUUUGUGAUACUCUUUCAAGCUGUGAUAAAAUGUUUGUUCAUUAGGUAAUAGACCCAUUAAGUCAUUAACAGCAAUGUUUUCACUUCAAAGCCAAAUUGCAUAUACAGCUCCGUAAUUAAAAUAGUAAUUGUAUAAGUAAGGCCUGUUUUAUACGUCGAAUUUUGGUCGCGUCGAAUGUAAUUAAGACAAUAGAUAAUGAGAUGAUAAACUCAUUAAGCUUCAUUAUCUAUUGUUUGAAUUGCAUUCGACGCGACCAAAAUUCGACGUAUAUAAAACAGGCCUAAGACAGUAUUUUAUACAAGCUUUUAGAUAACAUUAUUCAUUAGAAAUAGUUUUCUCAAACUCAUUAAUAAUUCAUAAGGCAAAAACAAAAGAAAUUAAUGUUUAAUCGGUGUUUUGAAACUGGAAGAAAACUGUCUUGAAAGCAGGUGGGGGAUUUGAAAUCUCCAGGGGUCAGCGAGGCUGAUUAAAUAUUCAUUUUCAAACUACUAGUAGUUUGAAAUUUUUCAAGCUACUAGUAGUUUGAAAUAUUUCAAGAUACUAGUACACUGAAAUUAAGCUACAGAUUGUUCUGCUAUUAACAAAACUAUACAAAGGUCAAAGCAAAAUUAAACACACUUCUGCACACAUAUAAUAAUCUUUAACUAAUAACACGAAUAUCUCGCUUGUUCUGCAAUCACACUUAACGAUUAUAGUAAUUUAUAGAUACACUACACUCUACAGUUGGAUAUAUUGGGAGGCUGAAAUGCUCCCUUUUUAUGACUCGCAACUUUUUCGGCUUUCUCGACUGGUGCAUGCAGUUCAACAACUCUUGAAUCGCUAGGUAAUCUUCCAUAAACUGAAACUCAUCAGUCAAACUCAAAAAUAUGUUUUCUGUCUUACUCACCUUGCUGAGACCGCAAUAUUGUCAGCCAAUACUUCGCUUUCAUUCGUUAAAACCUUGAAACCGUUCUCUGCCAUGUCUCGCACUCUCGCUUGCAACAAUCUGUUGUACACGCUUGUCGCAUGGCAUAGCAUUCGGCAUUCGCAGCAUAUAAUUCUCAAGUAAAAAUAUUCAUGCGUAAAAUAUUGCAUAAAUGAUGAGUUUGAGAAGUCAGUUCAAAUACUCGACCUCGAACUUUACCGGGAUUUUAGCCUGCGAGCAGGCUCUCUGGGGAAAGAGAGCCUGCAAGGAUCCCUAUGAUGAUUGCGUGCCACCCUUCAAUUAUGAUGUCACAGGUCAAUUAAUAACAACCAAUCAGCGCAGACCGGAAUACACUACGAUAUUUUAAACAUAAACCGAUUCGUUUCAAAUUCGUUAAUAGUUUCGUAUACAGACCGCCACUGUGGCAUACUAAAAAGUUAAAACGGCUCGAGGUUUUACAGAGCAAUAUAUCAAGUUGUACUUUUUAUUACAAUCUGCAUGUGUUUCUCCUGUAGGCACAGUAAGUUUAAAGUUGUAUAUUACACGCUAACUAAUUCAGUUAUUUGGAAUUGCUUCGUGCUGCAAUAUAUAAUAUACACUGUAUACAGUUUAUAUAUAGUAAUAAUAUAACUUACUGAAAUUUAUGGCUUUGGUGAGACAUAGACAUAUAUGAUAUACCAUGGACAUUGGACAUAAUUUAAUAAUAUGUUUAUAGUUUAAAUUUUGCAACAAAAAGUGGAAUUGCAGUAAACAUGCAUGUGAUAAUUAUUGUAAACAAAGUGACGAGUAAAUUACUGUACAUUUUAACGCCGCAUACUUAUAAAUAUUAAAUAGUCAGUAUAACAUUGUAAAACAAGCUUAAUACACACAAUAUGCACUGAAUAUUAUCAGAAUUCCCAAUAUUGUUUCAUAAAAGAGAAGCGAUAUAAUGCCUUGUCCCUAGUUUCGGUUUGCGAAUUUGUGCAGUCUUUCUCAAGAAUUAUUCUUAGCUUAGGAGUCAGACAAGCCAAGGACACAAUAAAGCAUGCAAGCUUUUAGUAUUCGUCUUUAUAUGAAUACUAUAUUAAUUUACAGUAAAAAGUCAACCAGGAUCAAAAUACAUGACACUUUUAUCUCUACAUUGCCGCAAUUCCGAAGCUUUGCGUUGGUCGGUUUUACAAACGGGAAGUGCAAGUUUAUGGAAGCUUGUCAAUCACUUCAUAUGAAUCAGUUAUCAACCAAUCAGAGCACUGCGUCCAAAUAUUGGACGCAUGCACCGAAUCAUCAAAGGAUCCUUGCAGGCUCUCUUUUCCCAGAGAGCCUGCUCGCAGGCUACCGGGAUUUCAGAGUCCUCGAGCAUUAAAAAGGCUUGCCUGCGGGCUCGCCUUUUCAAAACGCUCUCGGACUUUGAAAUCCCGGUAAAGUCCUCUGUCUGGUAUUCGAACUAUUACUUAAGUCUUAAAUCAUUGAUCAUUUUGUUUUGGUCCGGAGAUGAAUAAUGCAAAGUUCAAUUUUUCUGUUUGCCGAUUGGUGAAAACCGUGUCACGUGCCGGUCCACAAAACGUCAUGCUCGGCAACCGGUCUGCAAUCAAACAUUAUUUAUUGACCGGUCAAUAAUAAAAUGGGUGCAAUACGCAUGCGUGUCAACCACGAAGUUCCAAAGUUCAUUUUUUAAACUUUUUACUAAACAUUUACGGCGUUCCGUUUAUCCAGUUUUGGUUUCAAAUUAAGGUUCACUCCAAUAACCGGUGAGUCCAAUAACCAUUACGUCAUAUCAUCGGCAUCACAUCAUAUCAUCGGCAUCAUUCAAUAAUUGUUAUAGUAUCAUAUUAUUAGCAGUGGUGAGGAUCCGUGUUUACCAAUCGAAAGCUUUGCAAGUAUUGAGUUUUUUAUGAACCUGUCCAAACCUGCAAAGAUCUUACAAUGUUUCUUUGUUCUAGAUAUCGUUGUGUACCCAUGGAAUACCUCCGACCAAAAUGCGUUACGUACCAAUCCAACCAAAACCUGAUUUGGCAGUUCUUGCAAGUGUAGGUGUCGCAACUGCAUCAAGUAAAAAUGUGGUCACGUCUGUUGCCAUGCCAACCAAUUGUCAGUUACCAUUAUCCGGUUUGACUGGAAUUGAUUUGAGGCAGUUGUUGUGUAACAACACGCCAGCGCUAGAUUUGUCAUUAUCGUCAAUUGUUGUUGCUCCGCCUGAAUCAACAACACCAGUUCAGAAUUCUGGUAAUAUGCUAACACAAGGACCAUUGUCAGCUGUUACUUUCCUAAAUGAAUCGUGGCCACCAGUUAGCGUUUCUGGGAAUUCAACUGCGCAUGGUUCAUCCCUAGCAUUAGCUAUAGAUUCUGGGACUGAAACAAUACCACCAGUUCACAGUUCUGGUAAUAUUGUAACACAAAGUCAGGUACCAACGUUGAUCACUGUUUCUCAGGCUGCAUCAAGCCCACCAUUUCAUAGCUUACAGUAUCAAUCCAACCAUUUGUCACAGUUACCAGUAUCGGGUAUGACUGGAAUUGAGUCGAGGCAGUUGUGUAACUCAACAGCACUAGAUUUAUCAGUAUUAGCAAAUGUUGUUGCUCAGACUGAAUCAACAUUAUCAGUUCAGAAUUAUUCAGAACUUAUACACGAAUCGAUGCCAACAGAUAGCGGUUCUGGGAAUUUAACUGAGCAAGGUCCAUCAUCAACGUCAGAUAUAGUUCAUGACACUGAAACAAGUCCAGCAGAUCACAGUUUUGGUGAUAUGGUAACAGAAAGUCCAGUUCUUUCUGAAGCAACAAAUUUGGAGCAGCCUACGUCUGACACUCUUUCACCUUUUACUGUUGAUAAAUUUCACCAAGCCGUCGAGGAAUUGUCACAGAUCUUGAAAGAUGAUUCGAUGAAUGUUGAUACCAACACGAACAUGAUGGAAGCAACAGAGACUGGAUCCCAACCAUCAAAUGAGGUGCGUGACGCUCAUGACCAUUUAUCCACUCCAUCCCCCAACUUUUCUUCUGGUUCUCCUGCAUCCAACAAGUCGGUGCUGUCUCCUAUUUCGGAUGUCUUUUCAGAUAUAGAUAACAAAAUGCCACUUGAACAGUAUGUAGAUUCGCUGAGCAGCACUGAGGAGAGUUCAAACAUGCAGGUUCCUGGAACUACAACAUGCCAAGUAGGAGAAGGAGAAGCACAUUUGAAGCGAUCCAGAUUUGACACACCUUCACAAAUCGCCCCAUUGAGUUCUGCUGAUGGAGCUGAACAAAACCUCUGCCUGGAGAACCUGAUCGAAGAUUCUAGAUUUGACACACCUUCACAAAUCGCACCGUCGAGUUCUGCUGAUGGAGCUGAACAAAACCUCUGGCUGGAGAACCUGACCGAAGAUUCUAGAGUUGACACACCUUCACUAAUCGCCCCGUUGAGUUCUGCUGUUGGAGCUGAACAAAACCUCUGGCUCGAAACUAUGUCGAGUGCCUUCCCACAUAUGCUUGAAAUAACAAACAGUUCAAACGUGCAGGUAUAGAUAUUUGUUUAUUUAUUAGAGAAUGGAUCAUAUUUUGAGUGUACUAUCUGUUCUAGUUUUUACGUAACAUUGAAUCGCACGGAGUAACUCUUAAGCGUUUAUUAAUUUCAUAAUAAUCACUAUUUAUAUAAGAAAUAUUAUAGACUAACAUGGAAAGGUCUAUGUUAUUUUACAUAUUGUUUUACCGUAGUACCUUACCAUAUACUAUCUUUCUUUACAGAGAAACGUAUUAUCAGGACCAGAAGAAUGUAAGUUGAGUUACUUGUCCAAAAUUGUUUAGUUUACUGUUUAUUUGCCACGGACUGUUUUUAUGAGCCACUAACGCAUUUUAAUACGUUUGGCAUUAUCUAAAAGCGGCAGUGUUUAAAAUAUUCAAUUCAAAGAGAUUAUCAAAAAACAAAUGGGCAUUUUGGGGAAAAUCGAGGAAAAAUUGAAGGUAGUGGGGGCCUCUGAUUACAAGUCCCGGAUGUAAGGUCGCACGCCAAUUGGCUACGUUGAAAUUAUCGUAACAACACUGUCCUGACUGCCGCAUCAACAACAAAUCAAUAUGAACGAAGCUAAGGGGCCGACCAUUUAACUUUUGAGGGAGGGGUGAUUUACUGCUGGCAGGGAAUUUUUUUCUGGGAUCGUUAUGUGCAAGAUAUUUUUUCCUAUCCUAUCACCAUAUACGAUUUUUUUGCCACUCUCUCUUUCGCAGCAUUUUUUUUCAAUAGCUUAUACUAUUUAGAUUCUUUAAUUAUAGUUAACGUUGAGUUUUCUAGCUUCAUGCAUUGCUUUUAAUAAUACAUAUUGCUAUGAGGUAUAACAUUUGGUUCAGGGCCUCUUUUAAGGAUGUGUAACUGGAGGGGACAUAUUUAGUGGGGGACCUGGAGAAGUUCCAGUCGGCAAGUCUGUAUCACUGCAGCUACCUGCAGCAUAUAUAUGCAUGGUUUAACUAAUAAAUAUACGUCAUAGGGCAGCAGAUCAGGCCAUAACUAGGAUUCUGAGACAACCGAGUCAACCACCGAAGGUGCGGGCCUCUAGAGGGGUCUGGGGGGGGGUGAAGCUCAGAUAAGCUAUUUCCAGCAUUUUGAGGAGUUUUCCAACAAGAAAUUAACCUUACACUAGUCCCUGAAAAUCAAACCAGCUGAUCUUCACUGGUCAAAUCACAGAAAUUUGGUAGAAAGAAUUCCUGUGUGAUCCAUUUUAUUCUUAAUUUAAUGACUAGAAAAUACAUGCAUGCAGAAACCCUCGCCUUGCAGACAAAACCUUUUUAUUUUCCGAACGUGAAGUAUUUUAAGUAGUUGUCAUGGUAACACGAUAAUUUUUUAAGAAUAUUUUUACAAAUGAAAAAUCCCCUAUAAAUAUCACUUUUAAUUACAAAGUUAUCAAUUUCCUAAACAUAUAUAUGUUAGGUAUGUUAUUAUACGUAAUAUAAGCUUGAAUUUAAGGUAAAAUUCAACCACAAACGCUUCGCAAAACGUUUUAAAAUGUUAUUUUACUAUAGAACUAAACUGCCUUUAUCGAUAAACUUUGAGUUCGUAAUAAAAUGAUUCCAAAUUCUCCCAUGCAAAUAACUUUGCUUAGUAUAUAAAUAAAAAGUGUAAUCAAUAAAGAAACACUGAAAUAAUACGCUGUCUUGUUUCAUAUUGAUACACAACGAUCGGCUUUUAAAGUAAUUUCAGUAGGUAUGUUAUUAUACGUAAUAUAAGCUUCAAUUUAAGGUAAAAUUCAACCACAAACGCUUUGCAAAACGUUUGAAAGUGUUCUUUUAAUAUAGAACUAAACUGCCUUUAUCGAUAAACUUUGAGUUCGAAAUAAAAUGAUUCCAAAUUCUCCCAUGUAAAUAACUUUGCUUAGUAUAAUAAAAAGUGUAAUCAAUAAAGAAACACUGAAAUAAUACGCUGUCUUGUUUCAUAUUUUAUAUAGGCAACGAUCGGCUUUUAAAGUAAUUACAGCCGAGAUUACAGUAUAUUAAAAGCAAACAAUGCAUCAGUAUUUAAAACAAACUUACCUUCGUUAACGUGGGCACCUUUACUUCCUUCUUUUAGCAAUCGUCUUGCCUUUAAUUCAUCAAAAAUCCUUUGCAAUUUACAAAAUCUUGCAAAAAUGAAAUAUAUUUGCAAGAAAUCAUCAAAUCAAUUUCGCUGUCGUCAAUCGUCAUGCAGCCGUUAUAAUUGCCAAUUUUAAAUUGGACCAAUCAGUGUUGGCUAUUCAUUACAGUCCGCUGUAUUAUGAGAUCAGUGAGGAUGACCACCCACCGAAACACGCACAGUGAUCCACGCCCGCGAUAUUUGAUGAACUUUAGACUUCCCUAAUGCUUUCGUUUCCCCGGGUGUAAAUAGCCGGGGGGAAUUAGUACCCUCGCACGGCGCUUCGCGCCGCCGGCUCGGGGAUUAAAACUUGGCAUUUGGCAAUUGUUAUUUCACAGCAUUUUGCUAAAUUUGCUAAUUACUAAGUUUUUUUCUUCAUGUUUUUACGAUAAUAAAACGCUGCUGGUAAGGCGAUGUUGCUAUGGAGAUUACAACGUAGGCAAUAGGCAUACAUUUUUUCCAUCCGGGACUUGAAUUUGGCCCCAUUAGCAAGCUUCAAUUUGUCCUUUUCGUGUGACAGAAUUUAUCCCGCAAUGUACACACUAUUCUUUUAUAAUCUCUAUGAUCCAAUUUGCGACAGAAAGCUCAGGCUUGGCUUAUGCCCGCAUCAAGCCUUUGCUCGCGCGAGAAAGGGGAAAAGGGAAGGAAGGAAUGAACAAGUUUGCUUGAGCAAGCGAUGUUUUUGUCAACAUCGACUCAUCAGAUUUCCGAUGUGGGAACUGGAAUAAAAACUGUGUUUGUGUCAGUUUGUGGUAAUCUUCAACACAUAUGACAAAACAUAAGAUUUUUAAAGUUUUUUGGUUUCUUACACUAGCGCUAUGAUGCAAAAUGCCGCCAAAAUUUGUUAUACCAAUUUUUGGGUGAUGUGCGUGUUGACAAAAAUGUCGAUUGCUUGAGCUCACUAUAUUAUUAGGUCACAACGCCUGCUAUGCAGGCUAGGUCACAAGCGGUUUUCCCUAAAGGCGAUGUUCAUCUCACACGGAGCAAUUUUCAAUGUAAAUGAAGUUACACUAAUUUUUUUUUUUUAAUUUUUUUUUUAUCUGCUUUAUUGAAUACAAUAUUAGUAGAAAUAUUUACAAGUUUUAAGUCCAAAGGAGAUAGCGCAAACGGGACAACGAGACCCAUGCUAGGCGCAACCCAUAACUAAUAUUAAACUAGUAAAAGUAUCCCCCUUCCCAAAAAGAAAAGAAAAACCCAAAACAAACCCCAACCUAUAAAUUUCACCAGUGGUGGAUUUAUAGGAGGGUGUGCAGGGGUGGCCUUGGUCAGCAGGGGUGCAUAAAAUUAAACAAAAUCUUGCUUUUAAAUGUUUGAGGUAUUCAGAGUUUGUUAUCAGUCUUAGACUAAUUUAAGUUUUGGAAUUCAAGGCAGCACCACAGCACUACAGUUCAAAAUACUAAGUCCAAUAUUAAUAUUUUUUAGUUUGGUGUUUAAAUAAAGCAAAUUCUUAAUUUUGCUGCAAACGUCUAACAUUAUAAGUAUUUGAUAAUGAAAAUAAAAAAUACAAAAGCAAUCAAAUAUUCAGAUGUGAAAAAUUUCCAUUUUGUCUUUCACACAAUCACAGCUAAUAUAUGAAGAGAAUCGGGUAUUUAUAUUUUGUAUAAUUAUUAAAUUAUAUUUAUUUAACAUCUGUAAAUUGUAACCAAGGAAUUGCUUGUGGCCAGUGCUGGGUUCGGUUGCUUAGCGUCUCGCCCAGCACUUCCCUAAAACGCCUUGCUGGAUCCAGCACUGAAUUUCAUCGGUCCGGGAACCCGUUGCGUUUCCAGUCGUCGUGAAAAUUGUUCCGUGUAACAUUGCCUCACUAUAAACUGUGGUUUGUUUGGUUUGUUUAAAUUCAAAUUCAUACUGUCUCCAACUGCCAGCGGGAAAAUAUUUGAAUAUAUUUGUUAAUUUGAGUUGUUAACGACUUCCGGUUUACUACAAAAAUAAAGUAAGACGCGAAUAUGUUUUGGCCAAAUGCUAUUGUGUUCUUCCAUCUGGACAUCGUAUUUAUUUGAAUUAAAAAUUAUUGCUUCUACCAUUUAUGAGGAGGAUCGAAAGGACAUCAAGUUUUUUCAGCUUUUUUACACCUGGGUCUAUAGAUCAUUUGCUGAAUUACUGUAGCGUAGCGUUAUACAGGCAUAGCCUCAACUUCAUUCUUUGAUUUAUUUUGAAUUUUAUUCAGCCUUACGUAAUAUUUUAAGUUUCUGUCUGCUUUCAAAAUAUGGAAUUCGGGGCUAUAUACGUGUUACGCCCCAGUAAUUCUGCAAAUGGUCAAUGGUUUAACGAAAAAACUUGUAGGUCUAUAAUCUGGCGCACAUGCACUUCGCGAAAUAUUGACGGGGGGAGGGCGUAUUUAGGUUGCGACCACGUCACCACCCUUUUGUUGUUGGUCAAAAUAUUCUUAAAUUCCAUGCAAAUUUGCUUAAUUUAAUUUAAUUUAUAUACUCUGCCAGUACUUUCGUGAUUGUAAAACUGCUUUGCUAUAUUCUAAGGCGAAUGUGUUGCUAUAUUCUAAGGUGAUAAUUGUGCGGUUUUUUAGAGUUAUGUAAGUAUAUAACAUGACCACUCAGUUGAAGAGGAUAUCGAUUUGACUUGAGAAAAUACGUAUACAAAUGCGAGUUUCCGCGUGCCACUUUUUCUUUUGGUGACCUCAAUCACGAAGCAAUUCACUUGAAAUUUUUAUGGUCAUGCAAAUAUUUGCAGGUGUCCUCUUCGCCCUUGCUUUAUUGCUCGUUACAGCUCUCACAUGCAUUCCUUCUUUUAUAGUGCGCACUAUUGAUACGUUUAUGAAAAAUGUUAAAUCAACUGGAAAUCUGGAGGUAUCGUUGGCAGUCCUCGAUAAUGAUGCUCUCUUAAAGAAGCUGAAUGAAUCUACAAUCGAAAUUCAUACUGUAGAGAUUCAAUCAACGUGUAAGGUACACCAAGUUCUAAGAAAAUAUUCUUUACCGUUUUGUCUAAAAGUCCUACGUAUUAAUGAAGACAACUUAAAUUUCGAGGACAUUUCUGAUCUAGUUAGAUCUCUUAAUAGCGUCAAUGGCUUACACGAGUUAUAUUUAUCUCGUACUAAGUUUAAGGAAAGUAGCUUCUUUGCUUUUAUGUGUUUACUUAACAAUUGUAAAGAUCUAAAAAGUUUGUUUUUAACUGAUAAUGGCUUGACUAAACAAGAAAUAACGUGCUUAAUAACUGCAUUUAACAUAAUAAUUGAAAAUUUAACUUUAUCUAAAAGUAACCUUACUGAAACACAAGCAAAUGACAUACUGCAAAAACAUGGACAAGCUGAGAACAUUGUUUCUUUAGACUUAUCACAAAACGCAAUACAGGGAAACGAAAUCAUCAUUGGGAUUUGUCAACUGCAAUCACUCGAAGAACUAAAUCUUUCUCAUAACUACAUCAGAUUUUCCCCUUUACCUACUUUAGAGCAGAAACGGGACAAUUUGUCAGAAAACACAAAAAUCAUAUCAUUGGCCUCCAAUAACAUGUUGCCUGUCGAUAUUUGCCAAUUUCGUUCUCUAAUCUUAUCGAACCUACUGAAACUUAACUUGGAUUUUAAUCAUGUUGGUAAUUCCAUUUGGUCGUUAUGUUCACUAGGUCUAAGGAUUAAGCAUUUGAAAGUGUUAAGUUUAGCGAGUACUGAUAUUUUUGGUGCUGUUGAUGGUUUAGCAAACCUACUUUCUUUAGUAAGAAAACUUGAAGAACUGAAUUUAUCGUCGAAUAAUCUUAUGGCGAACGAUUUUCGGGUUCUUCAGUCACCCUUAUCAAAAUUGACUCAGUUGAAAACGUUGAAUUUAAGCAACAAUCCUGAAGGAAUUUCAGCUCUUUUGCAAGGGAUCCUGCCUUCGUUGAAAUACCUGGAAGAGUUAAGGCUAAGUAAUACACACUUAAAUAGCGAAGAUUUGAGCAAAAUCUGUGAUUCACUUGCAUCCUUAAGUAGUCUAAAAUAUCUUGACUUGAGCAUGAAUGCUAUCGGUUCAGAUGGAUCAAGGACACUUGCUGACAUUUUGAAAGGAUUUCCGUUAUUAGAGGGGCUAGACAUAAGUAGAUCGUAUAUCAAGGAAGAUGACAUAAGUGUCUUGUGUAAGGGUUUAGUUCCAUUAAAGAAGGUUAAAUAUUUGAAUUUGUCAGGCAAUCAUUUUGAAGUUUUAGACGAUAAUUUGUUUUUACCUCCGACGUUGGAGGAGUUGAUUUUCAGUGAUAUCUUCACUCAUGGCGAAAAACUCUUUGCCAAAAUGAAACAGCUUGCGUUUCCUAAAGUUAUAAGUUCCUCAGAAUCAUUAAGAUAUUUGAAAAAUCUUGAUCUGCACUGCACUAAAAUUCGUAAACCUGUAGGCGUAGAAGCUUUAGCUCGCGUGUUAUCAUCACUGCAGUUGUUGGAAAAGCUAGUGUUGGGACGGAUUUACAUUAAUGAUAGAUCGGUUGUCAAAAACAACUGGUUGCCGCAGUAGGAAAAUUGAAAUAUCUCAAGGAACUUGGUUUACAUUACACUUAUUUUACCAAAACUGGCACAGAAGCUUUAGCUGACGUGUUACCAUCACUGCAGUUGUUGGAAAAGUUAGUGUUGGGACGGAUUUACUUUGAUGAUGGAUGUCAAAAACAACUGUUUGCUGCGAUAAAAAAAUUGAAAUAUCUCAAGGAACUUGGUUUACGUUACACUUAUUUUACCAAAACUGGCGCAGAAGCUUUAGCUGACGUGUUACCGUCACUGCAGUUGUUGGAAAAGCUAGUGUUGGGAGAUAUUGCCUAUGGAUGUCAAAAACAGUUUGCUGCGCUAGAAAAAUUGAAAUACUUCAAGGAACUUAUUGUAUUGCGGACUCGUAUUACCCAAACUGACACAGAAGCUUUAGCUGACGUGUUACCUUCACUGCAGUUGUUGAAAAAACUAGUGCUGGGAAGGAUUGACGCUUACAAUGGAUGUGAAGAACAACUGUUUGCUGCGCUAGGAAAAUUGAAAUACCUCAAGGAAAUUAAUUUCCAAUGGACUGGUAAUAUCAAAACUGACCCAGAAGCUUUAGCUGAGGUGUUACCAUCACUGCAGUUGUUGGAAAAACUAGCGUUGGGAUCGAUUAACUUUGCUGGUAGAUGUCAAAAACAACUGUUUGCUGCACUAGGGAAAUUAAAAUACCUCAAGGAACUUAAUUUCCAAUGGACUCGUAUUACCCAAACUGGCGCAGAAGCUUUAGCUGAUGUGUUACCAUCACUGCAGUUGUUGGAAAAGCUAGCGUUGGGAAAGAUUGACUUUGCUGAUAGAUGUCAAAAACAACUGUUUGGUGCGCUAGGAAAAUUGAAAUACCUCAAGGAACUUAAUUUCCAUUGGAUUCGUAUUACCCAAACUGGCGCAGAAGCUUUAGCUGAGGUGUUAUCAUCACUGCAGUUGUUGGAAAAGCUAUCCGUGGGACGUUUUUCCUGUAAUGAUGCAUGGCAAGAACAACUGUUUGCCGCGCUAGGAAAAUUGAAAUACCUCAAGGAACUUCAUGUAUUUGAGAGUCAUAUUACCCAAACUGGCGCAGAAGCUUUAGCUAAGGUGUUACCAUCACUGCAGUUGCUGGAAAAGCUAGUGUUGCAGUGUACUUCCUUUCAUAAUGAAAGUGACCAAAGACUAUUUACUGCAUUAAGAUCAUCGAGUUUUUUGACGGAACUUCAUCUUGGAAGUAGUAUAGUUUCCGAAAAUGGUGCAGCCACUUUAACCUUUGUAUUACCAACCUUACCCAACUUAAAACGUUUUGGAUUACCUGAAACACUGAAAAGAAAACUGAAGGAAGAAAUGAAAUGCCUUGUUCCUGGAUUGAAGACAUGGUAG